AUGCAACCGCACUCUAAUCCACCGAACGGCAACGGCUGUCGUGACUUUUCGGUAGUAUUCAUUAUUGGAGCACCAGGUGCGGGCAAAGGAACACUCUGCACCCAUCUUGCACAAGAAUACAACCUUGUACACUACUCAGUCGGCGAUGGCCUACGUGCCUGGAUGCGCGAAAACCGGUCGACCAAACUUGCAACCGAGAUCCAAAGCAAGUUGGAUAACCAAGGCUUCCUCACGUCCAAGGAGCUAAACCCUUUCAUUUAUCGCGCAAUUCUCGACGCCCACAACGGGGGAGCUGGAGGCAUCCUAAUCGACGGAUACCCACGAUGCAUCGGGCAACUUGAAUCUGUCCGGUCAUGGCCUUUCCAAGAUACUGUUCCGCUGGCACCCAGCAGUGAUGGUGUCCUGAGACUGGAUGUCAAUCCCGAUGUCGUGCUCUCGUUCGAGAUUACGAAAGAAAACGCAAAGGCGAGAUAUUUGAACCGGGCGCGAGACAACAAUGAUAGUGCGGACAAGUUCGAAAAGCGUUUUGCGGAAUACCAACUUGAAACUAUACCUGUAGCUGAAGUGUACCAACAGCAAGGACUCCUCAUAUCUGUUGACGUGAACGGAACCAAGGAAGACAAUAGAACGACACUGACCAAGGAGCUUCAGCAGAGCAAACAAUGGCAGGAGGCUGUUUUGCAAGGUAUUACCGGUAUCCGGUUCCUUGACAAGUAA